CAUCGUUCGACUGUCAAACAAAGUUCUCUUUAUUCUGCUUUUCUCAUCACUCAAGUGACCUGAUAAAUUUUCAUGCGACUUUAAGUCGCAGUAACACCGCACAUUUCGCAAUGACUAUCACUCGCGCAACUCGGAUCAAGAUAUUGCUUGCUAUCGACGUCCUCUUCUUCUUUGUGGAACUUAUAGUUGGAUAUGCUGUUGGUUCAUUAGCCUUGGUGGCAGAUAGCUUCCACAUGCUCAAUGAUGUAAUGAGCUUGAUAGUGGCACUCUACGCCAUAAAGUUGACAGCAGAGAAUGCCGCUGAUUCACGUUAUUCGUAUGGAUGGCACAGAGCCGAGAUCCUCGCUGCACUCGUAAACGGUGUCUUCCUUCUAGCACUCUGUUUCUCCAUUUUCCUGGAGGCAGUAGAACGGUUCUUCAAUACCCCAGAAGUCUCCAAUCCGCGUCUUGUCGUGGUAGUCGGAUCUUUAGGGCUUGCUUCUAAUAUUGUAGGCUUGUUUUUGUUCCAUGAGCAUGGUCAUUCGCAUGAACAUCCUCAUAAACAGCCAUCGACUCCGAGUAUUUCUUCGUCAUCGGGAAAGGAUACACCUUCACGCCCAACAUCUCCUUUGCGGGCCGGUAGAAGUCUCGCUCCUCGUUCUCGUUCCGAAUCCUUCUCUUCCUUAUAUGGCCAUCCCGCGGCCACCCGCGCUUCCCUCGUUCAAACAGCACAAGAAAUUGCAGACGCACGAUCUCCUUCUCCAUCCCACCGAAUAAGGUUACCCGCCGCUACGGCCUAUAACGCAGCUACACCCAGUGAAACGACAGCCCUCUUAUCCUCCCCUGAAUCACCGCGACCCCGUUCGCAACACUCCCAUGCAGGGUCUAUGAACAUGCGUGCUUUAGUACUCCACGUUCUCGGCGAUGCGUUGGGUAAUAUUGGAGUUAUCGCAACUGGCCUCGUCAUCUGGCUUUCCUCUUGGGGAUUCAAAUAUUACUUUGACCCAGUUAUCAGCUUAGUAAUCACCGUGAUUAUCUUCUCAUCUGCUCUGCCGUUAGUCCGCAGUGCAUCUUUCAUCCUUUUGCAAGGCGUGCCUUCUACAGUUUCAUUGGACGAAGUCCGCUCGUCGGUUCUCGCCGUUGAGGGUGUGCUCUCGUUACACGAGUUGCAUGUCUGGCAACUGUCCGAAAGUAAGAUAGUUGCCUCUGUACAUGUGAUGACAUCUCGAAAACACGACUUCAUGCCUGUUGCUGCCAAAAUACGAGAGGCUCUUCACCAUCAUGGUAUUCAUUCCAGCACCAUUCAACCAGAGUAUGCGAGAAUACAUAUUCCAGAGGAACAACUGAUGACCUCCGAAGAUACCUCGUGUCUAAUUCUAUGUCCUGAAGAUCAGGAAUGUGAUCCUCAGGAGAAUGCAUGCUGUCCGCCUCCCAUAACGGAUGUUUAACAUGCAUGUGUUACCAAUAAUUUUAUCUACUACA